GUGGGACCCUCCCACAACUGUUCGGUGGCCAGCGAAAACAAACGCUGGAGAAGAGAGAAAGGAGACUGAUCAAAGGCUGCAGAGGAUGGCGCCGACUGGUGAUGACGACGAGGGAGCGGGAAUGGAAUAUUCCCAGCCCCGCCAAAGACGUCGCCUUGCUUUCCGCAAAGGGCCCUCGCGGGCCCACGCCGACAUGGCGCGCUCGGGUGCAUGGCGGCACGAAUCUUCCACUUCCCGGUCUCGGCGGCGAAUAUGCCGGCCCCCUCUCUGCCGUCCGCACGCGGCGCCCGCCUCACGUGCUCUCGCUUGUGCUCCUCCGCGGGAUCGCCGUAGCCACCGACGCUUCUCGGGGGCCAAGCGCCAAAAUCUCUCCUUUUCCGCUGGUGUUGACGUGCUCCGCGGUGCAGUGGAAUGUCCGAAUCCCUCGGUGCGGUGGACGAAGUCGACAUCUCUCACUCGUUUGAAAGGGAAAGACUUUUGAUGUCUUUAUACUGCUUUCAUUUCUUUCUUCGCUUCUCUUAUCGUGUUGCGGGUUGUCAGAUUCGUCGCCGAGAAUCCUCCGGGAGUUCUUCUGCUCUCUCACUCUCUAUUCUCCACACGAACACACUCGCAUACAUUCGUCAUGAGGUUCGAGGAUGGGAUGAUGAGGCACCACCGCACGCGAUCGGCAGGAGCAGAAGCAUCAGCCUACGAAGCUGCAGGGGCGACGCUGUCGAGAGAUCCCAAGCCUCGACUGAGAUGGACGCCCGAACUCCAUGACCGGUUUGUGGACGCCGUCGCCAAGCUCGGUGGACCAGACACAUUUGGCACCGGUGCCGCUUUGUCGUUCCUGAUCGCCGACGUGAAAAUUUCCGCAGAGGCGACACCGAAAUCGGUGCUUAGAUUAAUGGGCAUGAAGGGAUUGACGCUGUACCAUCUGAAGAGUCACUUGCAGAAAUAUAGACUUGGACGGCAAACUGGACGAGAGACGAAGGCGGAAACCUCCAGCAAAGGAAGCAACCCAGCCGACACGAGCUAUUCCGCUGAUAGCAGUGUCUUCGGAGGACCAGAAUCCGUAGGAGGAACUCCACUUGCUGAGGCAAUACGGUAUCAGUUGGAAGUGCAGAGGAAGAUGAACGAGCAACUUGAGGUAAAGACCACUGGCACCAUUCAGCAGUGUUACCUCAUCGGAUUCUCAAGGAAAGAACACGCAUGGCAGGUACAAAAGAAGCUGCAAACGAGAAUCGAGGCUCAAGGAAGAUACUUGCAAGCGAUAUUAGAGAAAGCCCUCAACAGUCUGUCCCUCGACAUGAACGCCUCUGCUAGCGUGGAAGCAACCAGCAGCUCCCAGCUCACAGAUUGCAAUCUGGCACUUUCAGGCUCGAUGGACGAUGCAACCAAAAACUCGACCUCGCUCAAGAGGAGUGACACUUCAGCCUUUCAGCUUCACCGGGAGGGAAGACAGGAGCACGAGGACAGCAAUCUCGGCAACGAUGCAGGCACAGUCCUCUUGGAUCUGAAUGCAAAAGGAAGCGACCAACUGUUUGGUGUUGCCGGUGGAAGCGAGUUGAGUCUGCGAAUCCAACCACAGGGAAUAUAGGUGGUCAACUGCCACUAACUGGUAACGGUGUUCAAAAAUCCUGGGCUCGAAUUCUGUCUUCGUCAAAAUAAAGCUCCAUUCAUGUCAAGAAAAUUGCAGUGCAGACAGAUAAAAAUAGUUAUGAUGGGAUUCUGCAAUUUUGAUUGUGUUAAUCUUACAACACAAACUUCUCUGAUCAAUGGACUCCACCUAUUCCAAUUUUGA